AUGUCAUCACGAGCAAUCCGAAAGCUGCAAAAGCUGCGUGAACAAGAACAGCAGCGAGAAUCUGAGCAGCAAGAUGAGUCAAGCGAAGACGAAGCCCCGCGCCCCGCGAAACCGAAGUUCAAUGCCUUCGAUUUGCUGAACGCCGAAAAUGAAGAUGAGGAAGAAGAAGAAGAAGACGAAGAGGAAAUAGAGGAGGAACCUCGCACACAGACACCAGAGCCUGAACCAACCCCGAUAAAGGCCAAAAAGAGCAACAAGAAAAAAAAAAAGAAGAAGGCAGCCAAAACCUCCGAUCCGGCCAAUACUCCGCCUUCAAAAUCAAAUGAAGCAGAACUGGAUGAAAUUGAUCGGGCAUUGAAAGAGUUAUCAACAGGUGGACACUCGUCAGUUGGCACAGGUCUACCUACCAGGCACACUCCCGAAACCUCUUUCCCGAAGACUACGAGCGAAUUGCUCGGUAUCGAACCCAAAUUUCUCAAUGCGACGAAUGAGAUGCGCAGACUGUUUGGAAAUGUUGUUCUGGAAAACUUUGAUCAGCCAGCGGAUAGUGGAACGGGCCGCCGUCGGGAUCGCAAUCGACAAAUGGUCGACCUUGCUCAGGCUUUGACGGGAAGAUAUAGUCCAGCUAGUCGAGGUCAAAGUCUGGCUGGAGUUACAUUGCGACGCAAUGUUCUAAUGCAGGGCAAAGAUGAGUGGCCUCGUGCUCCAAGUGGAGGGCUAGGCAUGGAGACUGUGGAGAAGCUUCCUUCCGGGGAGACUCUCUACCGACUGGUGCACAAUACCGCCUACCAAGAUGUACAGCGGCAGUUUGACCUCUGUGUUGAAUCUAUGGACCCACAGCGACUCAUCGGACACCUCCAAUACAACCCAUACCAUAUUUCUACGCUUCUCCAAGUGUCGGAGAUUGCCAAACAUCAAGGUGAUCAUGCCGUGUCUGCCGAUUUGAUGGAAAGAGCUCUAUUCAAUAUUGGACGCUCAGUACACUCUUCAUUUGCUAAUCGCCUCAAGGAAGGCGAGGCCAGGCUUGAUUUCAUACAUGCGGAGAACCGAGAGCUCUGGCUUGUUGGGUGGAGGUACAUCACCAACCUAGCAAUGAAGGGCACAUGGAGAACCGCUUAUGAAUGGGCCAAGCUCUUGCUCAGUCUGGAUAACAGUGAUCCUUACUGUAUGAGGCUGCUCAUCGACCACCUCGCGCUCCGAGGUAGAGAAUAUGCACAAUUCGUGCAGCUAUGCACCCAGACACGCUUCAGUCGCGACUGGGCCAACCUCCCCAAUAUCCAAUGCUCGCUGGUAAUGGCAUACCUCCGGUUGAACAAGCCCCAAGAAUGUCGUCGACAGCUGCAGCUCGCCAUGUCCCGCUACCCGUGGAUUUUCAGCAGGCUAGCCCAAGAACUUGAUGUUCAGCACGUUCCCAAGCAAAUAUGGGGCAAGAUGCCUCCUACAGGCGCUCAUGAGCUGCUUACCGAACUCUACAUCGCCCGUGCAAAGGAUCUUUGGAAUACCCCAGAGGCUAUCUCUCUCAUUAUGGAAGUCGCAGAUUCUAUCUCUGGCGAGGAGCCCAAUGAGCCGCCAGAGAUUACUUUGGACAUCGCUCGUCAUGUAGUCUUGUCCGAUAUAGCCAAAGUGACAACCCAUCUUCCGAAUCACUUUGUGGCUGGUCGGUUGUCCUCCUCCGAUCCACUUCCCCCUUAUGAAUCUGAAGCCUACAAGCAACAAUCUGAACCUACUCCCAUCUAUGCAGCUCCAGCUGGAGGUGGCGAAAAUUGGCUGCAGGACCUUCUCGGUCAGAUCAACCACGAUGCCCGCCCUCCCAAUGUCCCAUCGGACGACGAAGAGUCAGUUGGGUUUGAGGACGAAGACGAAAACACAGAGCAUUUCGAUAUCCCGCACUCACGUCCACCCCUCAGGGAUCCGGCGGCCCUUGAAGGGUGGCUCACGCGCGAGGGGUUGCAAACUCUUCGUAUUUUCCUUUCCCAAUACGGCGUCGAUAGAGGCAACUGGAGCGAGGUGGUUGUGGACUAUGCACCCUUGACCAAUUAUCUGGAGGCCAUGGCAGCAAUCUCAGAUGCAGCCCGCCAACGUUUGUUAGAUGGCACUAUUAAGGACUCUCUUGGGGAUUUUGCAGUCAGCAUGCUCGAGGAUGAACUCGCCAUUAUGCGAGGGGAAUGA